CAACACACAACAGACAGUCCGCAAAGAGCAAGUAAGUAUGAGUAAGGAAGUGGGCGUGUAUACCGACUGACUCUCUCAUGCCAACUCACACACAUGAACCACGCACACGGCCGCACGAAGAGAGAGAGAGAGAACGAGCAAAUGCACACGAGUCUAUGCCGCGUACCCGCCCCCUGGUCUAUCUGGAUGUCGAUGUCGCUGUCGCUGUCAUUCUCUCACUUGCGCGCCGUCUUGCCCCGCUCAUCGCUUCGCUAUCCCGACUUCCUCUUCAGCCCUCUCGGACGCGGCGGCGAGAUCGAUCGGUCUCGGCUGUUCGUAUUUGUGAGCAGCGGCGGCUGCAUGCGAUUCGGUGUGCGGGAUGGUGCGGCCGCAGCAGCGGCAGCAGCACCCAGAUGGCCGAAGGGCGGCAACGGUGGAAACAUGAACGGCUGCUUAAUGAAUGGCGGAGGUGGCUGGGCGAUGACGGCCGCUGCCGCAGCCGCUGCCGCGGGCACGUUGAGGACCUGGUCCUCUUCCUGCAGGGCCUGGGCCAUCUCGGCAUCUUCCUUGAUCUGGUCCUGUCGUCGGACCUCAGAGAUGGCAUCGACGAGCGCUCUGCCGCUGUCACGUCGCUGGCUGGGCGAAGGUCGGGCAGCGGGGCCGAAUGGGCCGGGCGACGACGGGGGUCUCACGUCAAUGGGCGACGAAGGACCUGACAGAUGGAAUCCAAAAGGGAGACACAAUGGAGUGGAUGUGUCUCUCUGAUCUGCCAGUACACACUACAUGCUAACCUUCGUUGCGAUUGGGUGUGGCGGGAUGGUAGGCGGCUGCGGCCGCUGCAGCUGCGGCGCACGGGGAAGGCCUGCCACGACAGACAGACAAGGGCACAGAGGCGAAGGAACAUGUACCAAUCGAGCUGUGUCUCUCUCACGGCUCAUUCCUUUGUGUGUCUUAUGUACUUGCUGUACUUGGGAGGCUAUCCUCUCCCCUUUGGCCAUGUACGCCGACUCGGUAUCAAAAAUCGACUUGCGUGGGGGGCUGUUGAUCGCCGCUGCCGCUGCAGCAGCAGGGGAUCCCGAACGGUCUCCGGCGUGGGCCUGGCCGUUGGGUGUGGCGGGGCGGUAGGGCGUCUUGGGGCCGGCAGCCGCAGCAGCAGCACACUGGUGCCGGAGGGCGAUGGCGGGCCGUCAGAUGACGGAGGCCGCAACGGCGAAGGGAAGCCGUCUGCAACAAAACGCGAUGCGUCGACCACUGAAGCCGCCGCUGCGGCCGCGGCCGCAUUGCCAAACGGCAAAAACUUCUCCUGCCUGGAUAUGCGCAAGACACAGACAGACACACAGACAGACAGACAGCCAAUGAGAGGAAGGAACAGUUGGGGUAUGUACCCCAUAGAGCAAGAUCGUCUGUCUUCAGUCUUACUGUCUCAAUAUGGUGCCCGGUGGCUGGCCGUCAUACCCUCCCCCCACCCCACCCAUCACGACCAUAUCUGCCUUCUCUCCGCUUGGCCAUCGAUGGCCAUUUUGUCUCGGUCGUCCGCUGAGCGCUCGAAGCCCGCGGCGGCCGCGGCGGCCGCGGGAAUGAACGGCG